UGCACUUGGCUAGAAGUGCUCAGUUCGUCCCAGGACUGCUGCGACUGGCAGCAUGGCCUCGCUGGUAGCUGCGGCGCUACUGCUCCCCGCACUGACGUCACAGCAGGACCCGGGCGAGGUGCAGGAUUGGUUGAACCGUCCCUUUGCCCCGGUGUCACCGCCCACCAACAUGUCCGCCCACUGCCUGGAACACAGCCGGGCGUAUCUGCACGAGCUCGCCAAUGACACACUGUGGGCCCUCGAGAUGUUCGACUCGUCGGCCAAGCUGCAGAGUGGACUCGGCGUGGGCAACCUGGCCAACUUCGGAGACUACGACGAGUGCCUGGGGGCCGUGGGGAGCGGCUUCCAGGGGCAGCACUGCACUGCCUCCAUCACACUUCCUGCACGAGACGGCGGUCGACUGUGGCAGCUGUUCAGCGUCUUCUGGCGAGCGGACGAGGAAUGGCAGCUACUGGACAAGACGCUUAGUUGGGGCGUAUGUGUGCCAUCCACAUGCUCUGCGGGAGAGGUGGAGGCAAGCCUGAGAGAGAGACUGCAAGCCAUAGAGCCUGUGGCAAGGGUGCGGGUUCGGCCUGAGGACUGCCGGGUGUCUGCACCUCAACCACUUUCUGCUGCUGAGCUCGCUUUCCUAAUAUUUGUGAUUGCUAUGUCUCUACUACUGGUCGUUGCAACAGUUUUUGAUGUGUACAACAGCGCGCGAGACACCAGAAAGAAUGAUUUAAAUGGCCUUCAGCGCGGCCUGGUUGCCUUCUCCGUGCGAGCGAACAUCAGCCGGCUGUUGACUACGACAGUUCCACGCGACACCAUGACUUGCCUUAAUGGCAUACGAGUGCUGAGCAUGUUGUGGGUGAUUGUUCUGCACAACUCCCUGCUGUUUACGAACAAAUAUGCUUUACGCAACAGUCUUAGGCUCAUACACGUGCUCUAUGACAACGCACUGAUGCUGCUGCUGAAUGGGAGUCUGGCCACGGACUCCUUCCUGCUGCUAGGCGGCCUGCUACUCUCCUACUCGUUCCUCAAGCAAGCAGACAGCUCGUGCUGCAGUGUCAUCAAGUUCAUUGUGUGCAGGUACAUCAGGUUGACACCACCUUAUGCUGCUGUGAUAUUCUUCUACGCAACAUUGCUGUACCGGAUGGGCGAUGGUCCUUUAUGGUACAAAUUAAUCGGUACUCAGAGGGAUCUUUGUGUCAGAGGCUGGUGGACCAAUAUUCUCUACAUUAACAACUACCUGAAUGGCACCAAGCUCAUGUGCUUCAAGCCGGGCUGGUACCUGGCUGUAGACAUGCAGCUGUUCCUGCUCUCUCUACUCGUGCUGUGGUCGCUGCGAAGAUGGCCCAGUGCUGGCAACGUACUGCUAGUGCUCGCUCUCACAGCUUCCAUAGCCACGCCAGCUGCCAUCGCCGCUGCCUACCAUCUGCCCGGCCAGCUGCCCUUUGGUCUCAUAGGCGCGAAGAGCGAGAUCGAGGACCUGCUGUACUGGCCGGCGCAUGCGCGCGCCAGCCCCUACCUGCUGGGCCUGGCGCUGGGCCGCUGGCUGCACGGUCGCAGCACCAGGGACGUGCCACUGCCCAAGUGGGCUGUGACUGCGGGCUGGACCUUGUCGCUCGUGGUCAUGGCGGCUGUCCUGCAAGGAGCAGAGGUCUUCGUGCUGCAGACCCGCCCCCAGUCUGUGCUCGAGUCCUCUGCUUACGCUGGCCUCAGUCGUUUCUCCUGGUCUUUGGGCUUGUCGUGGCUGAUCUUCGCCUGCGUCAAGGGUUUCGGAGGACCGGUGAACACAAUCCUGUCUGCUGGCGUGAUGGUGCCACUCAGUAAACUGAGCUACUGCGUCUACCUGUGCCACUAUAUGGUGCUGCUGGCGCGCGCUGGCUCGAUGAGAGCUCCUGGACACCGCACUGUCUACAGCAUGGCAAGUGUCCCCUCAUGCUAA